AUGGUUUCAAGGUUUAGGAAAUCCGUUAAGGCCCACUUGCAAAAUGUUAACUGUCAGCUGACAGUACUUACUGGCCUGGCGCAACAGCGUUACUCGGGGACACGUGUUUUGGAUGUAAAGAUUCUAGUGCCUAAUAGCACUGCUGGCAUGAUAAUCGGGAAGAAUGGUACGUACAUCCAGGAGAUCAAAGAGCGAUCAGAGGCCUACGUUCAGAUCUCCCAAAAGUCUCGCGAAUUCUCCCUGCCUGAAAGAUGCGUAAUUGUUGCAGGUGAGCUGCAUCAAAUGCGCGCCGCAAUGGAUCUCAUCCUCGCUGUGAUUGCCUCCGAUCCCCAGUCCUCUUCUUGCCCCAAUCUAUCCUACGCAGACGUCCGGGGUCCAGUCUCCAGCGUCUAUCCCACGGGUUCGCCCUACGCCUUCCCAUUCAUCUCUGCGAACACGGGCAACCUCCUCCUUCGACCUGAUGCUUCAUCGCUAGCUACCGCUGCUACUGCUGCCGCUAACCCCUACCUUGUGGGUCCCCUCACAACUCCCCUUAACCCCAUGGAUGCCGCUCUCCUUCUCCAACUCGUCAACAGCGGUGAUUAUAUAAGCGCUCUGCAACAACAUCAGCAGCAACAACAACAGCAACAUAACGCCGCGUUGAACGCCGUCCUCCACAUGAGUGGUGGAAGUGGAGGUAGUGGCGGUAGUGGGCUGGCCUCUGCUACGGGUGCAGUCAUUACAGCCAAUCAUCCGCAGGUUCAUGCUUAUCCCCAUCAGCCACAUCAUCAACAACAACAGCAUCAAGCCUCAUCCGCGUCGCCAUUGGCAACGGCUGCAGCAAAUUCAUUGGGAUCUUUUUGUUCAAAUCCUACCUUUUUACCAGCUGCAGCAAUGUUUGAUUCGAUCAUGCCCUCAACUGCAGCAGCAGUAGCUGCGGCAGCAGGACCACAAGCGCGGAUGACCUCGCAGUACCUCGGAGGACGCGGAGCAGGGGCGUUUGUCAGUGCGUCCGCCUAUCCCCCGGUGGCCACAGCGGCCACAGCACAGCUCUGUCCCUUUGUGCCACUACAGACUACUGCCUUUGCAAGUCCUUCGCCUCCCUCCUCCGCCACUCCCGACGCUCCUGCGCUUCAUGCUGCAGCGGCUCUCGCUGCGGUUGCUUCGGCAAACUCGCGGACCACCUCCGCUUCUACGUCUGCCGCUGCAGCCGCAUCGAGCGCUGAAGCGCUGAGCAUUUUCGACACCGGACAGCGCAGCGGGGGAGGCGGCAGCAGAACUGAGACAGAGGUUGCUGCAGCAGUGGUUCCACCGACUGGGCUGUGGGAGGAAAGCAAAAGUGAGGCGGGACAGCAGCCCCCCACCUACUUGACUGCUUCGGCCGCCGCUCUAAUGGGACUUUACGCCAGUGCUACGGCCAUGGCUAACUCUAACGCCAUUGUUACCCCUACUGCCGGUGCUCAGCUACUUCGGUCCUCGGUUGGCGGGACGAGUGGACUGCUCUACACAAAGGAAAUCUUGGUUCCAGAGAGUCUGAUUGGUCGAAUCUCCGGACCUCAUGGCCGCCUGUUAUUGGACCUUCAGACACAGACUAACACGCUUAUUCAAGUCUCUCCAAAGUGUGUCUUUGUCUCCGGCCUGCAAAGCCGGGUGGUUUCCAUCUCCGGUGACCAAAUGAACGCCAAUUAUGCGGCCGCAGUGAUUGAGAAUACAAUCACAAUAGAGCAGCUCAAUCAACAUGCAGGUGCGCUCCAUGCACCACUGCGUAGGCCCUAUGAAGAAUCGGGCGCUGGCUACAUAAACCAAACCCCUGGAAAAUCGAACGGCGUCGUUGCUUCUGACAUUAGUGGAGGUGGUGGUGGUGACUAUGGCCCUAUUGAGGGCGUGACUUCCACGGAAUCUAAUGGGCGUUCCUCUCCACGAUUGCAAACCAAAGUGAGUCGUCGUCCUGAUGGGUCUCGAAGACAAACCCCAGAAAAAAGGCGCUUUGAUGAGGAUAUGUCUCCAGUGUCUCCCCGUGAGUCUCCAACCCCAUCCUCCUCCGAGCGUUCACCUUCUGCUCGCCACAGUCGGCACCGCCAUAGUCACCACCUCAGUCACAAAUAUGUCCGGCGCAGGGACCGUGAGAUGGCUAGUUUUGGCAGGUCUGGGCGGGUGCGCGAAGAGAAACAUCACUCGGAGCGUAAGCGUCGCCGUCUGGCAUGCGAGGUGGUGGUGGCGGAGGGAGUGGCAGUAGACAGUGUUGACACCGAUGAAGCUGGUGAGUAUUCGUUACGCCGUGGCAGUGAUUACAAGCCGGAGGGGAGAGUUAAGAAUGAGAUAGUGGCUGCGGAGGAGGAGGGGGAACGUCAAGAAAAGGAACGAUACCGGAGGGAUCAUCGGAGGCGAUCAUUGGAAGGGGAGGAGGAAGAGGUAAUGGUAGCGGAAAGGAGAUCUUUUAAUCGAAAAUAUGUCGAUGAGCGAGGAAGUCGUCGUCGUUCAAAUCGAAGCCAAGAAAAGAGGUCCAAGCGAGCCAGGCGCCGAAGUGAGUCUCAACACUCCCAAUCACUGGUCACUCUAUCUUACGGUGAGAAUAGAUCGUCGUCAUCUGUUAAACAGCAUUUAAACCCUUUCGUGAGCACCCUUCUGGAACCAUUACUCAAAGAGGCGACUUCAGACACAGAGUUGGAGGAGGUGCUCCCAGUAAGUAUCCUGUCCGGUGAAAUGGCAAAACGGUCGAUGCUUUUGCCGGCUGACCAAAAGAAUAAAUUAACCACAUCUCAGCUACAACAGUCACAGUCACAAAACCAAGUUCAAAAAUCGCAGGAACAGCAGCUUAAAUUACAACGGUCUCCUGAUCAUGUAAAGACGACCACAGCUACCUUGCAGACAGAUGGCAGCAAUAAGAUACAAAAGUCCGUUGAAGAAGGGGAUAGUCGUUUCGAUAGGUUUCUUUCUAACCUCUCGGAGCGUUUACAAGAGAGGGAGCAAGAGCUGGAGACCUGGGGUGAGAGGGAGAUCGAUUUCUCGGAUAUUCUGACAGAGGACAGCGGUGCGCUUCACCUGGCUGUGUCCUCCGCUGCACUCAAACCAAAGCAGUUGUUGGAAUCAAGUCUUUCCACGCAGUGGCAAAGGAUCACGGAGAAUAGUCCAGAUGAAGUAGAAACAAUUAAAAUUGAAACGGAGAUCACCGAAGAUAAGGAGGAUCCUCUCAAUCUGGCGACGCUUCUGUCUUCAAGCGUUAGUCGACGUUUUCUGGGUGACCAUCUGGUUAGAGAACUGGAGGAACGAGGUGUGUCUCUUCCGCCGACACCGACGAGAGACAUUCUUGCUGGUUCAAAGGAGUCCCGAUUGGGGAUGGUCCCAACAAUUUUUGAGGAAGUUUCCUGGCGUCAGAGCCUACUAGGUGUCAUUUACACCUGA